UACAUUGUUCAGUUAGGCCUGAUUGUUUAGCUCAUAAGGGGCGAAGACCGGAAAGGUGGAAAUCGGGGUUGUGGCUUCGCUUCGAGGGUUGGCAUCCCUGAUUGUAAGAAAGUAUGGGGGGGACGAUGACGAUGAGGCUAGGGCUUCCCUUUGUGAUAGUGGUGAUUUUGUCGCUGUUGGUUGCCCAGCAACCUGUGGUAGUCGAAUCCUCUAAUUCUGUUCCUGCCUUCGUUCAUAAUGUCAUCUACUCCAGCAAAAUCGCCAUCUUCUCCAAAUCCUACUGUCCGUAUUGUUUGCGUGCCAAACGCAUAUUUAAAGAACUAAAUGAGCAACCUUUUGUCGUGGAGCUUGAUCUGCGAGAUGAUGGGUAUCGAAUUCAGAAUGUUCUUCUGGAUCUCGUAGGCCGGCGCACUGUCCCACAAAUAUUUGUGAAUGGCAAGCAUAUUGGUGGAUCUGACGAUCUCAAAGCUGCAGUCGAGAGUGGCGAAUUGCAGAAACUCUUGAGUACAAGUUGAUGGCAUCUGGACCCUGAUGAACACAAACAGGUGCAAUGCGUCUGCACGUGAGAGUUGGGAUGCAUCGUGUGAAGGAUCAAGUUUCUAACAGCAAAUUGAAGCUUUUAGCUUUCGAUUUCAUGAUCCGCGCUGAAUUGAGAUCUCUUUAAUGCAUUUUGAAUUUAGUGGGGAUUUGCUUGUAAUUAGAUCAUUUGCUCCUUCUGAAAAUCCAUAGAGUAGUUCAUAAUUUUCUUUGGCUCUCUUGCUACGUGCCAUGGGAAGCCGUGAUACUGCUUGCCUGGUUGUUUCUAAUCCUGAAGUAAUUUUGGAGGGGAGGGAGGGGAGAGGAUUGCUCCCUUCCCUUGUUAAUGAUUUGUUGAAAAUGGAUUGGAGGGUAGCGGAGGGAAGCCCCUUGUUUGGUUUAAACUUUAAAGUCGGAAAGGUCUCUUUUUGUAAUAUUCCUCCCUUUUCACUUUGGGUUUUUGGGCCAAUAAAAGUUGGCCCAAUUAUAAGCAAUUGGCUCAUGACACAAAUCA